ACCCGUUCACCACAUACACACACUACCAGGAACCUGGUUCACAAUAAAUGGAUACGGCGACAAACACUUCUGCUCAACUCGGCUCGUAACGUUUAUUUCCUCACAUUGCAAUGAAAUGAGGGGAGCAUGGGGGCCAAAGAGUCGAGGAUAGGAUUCCUGUCGUAUGACGAAGCCGUCAAGAGAGUCACUGAUGUGGAACUGAAACGGCUGAAGGAUGCCUUCAAGAGGACCAGCGGCCUCUCCUAUUACAUGACCCAGCAGUGCUUCUACAGGGAGGUGCUGGGCGACGGAGUUCCCCCUAAAGUGGCAGAGGUUAUUUACACCUCGUUCGGAGGCUCGUCUAAAGGGCUGCACUUCAACAAUCUGAUCGUGGGUCUGGUGCUUCUGACGCGAGGGCGCGAUGAGGAAAAGGCCAAAUACCUCUUCAGCCUGUUUGCCAGUGAUCUGGGUGGAUACGCUGCCAGGGAAGAUAUCGAGGCGGUUCUGCAGGUCCUGGAUGGAGAAGUUCCGACCUCCCUCAAGAAGUGCUUCAGUGAGGGCGACAAGGUGAACUAUGAGCGCUUCAGGAACUGGCUCCUGCAGAACAAGGAGGCCUUCACUUUGUCCCGGUGGCUUCUGUCUGGAGGAGUGUGUGUCACGCUCACCGAUGACAGCGACACGCCCACUUUCUACCAGACGCUGGCCGGCGUCACGCACUUGGAGGAGUCUGAUAUCAUAGACUUGGAGAAACGCUAUUGGCUGCUGAAGGCCCAGUCCAGAACCGGACGCUUUGACCUGGAAACCUUCGUCCCGCUGGUGUCUCCUCCCAUCCACGCCUCGCUGAGCGAAGGCUUGUUUCACGCCUUUGACGAGAAUCGGGACAAUCACAUCGACUUUAAAGAGAUCUCUUGUGGACUGUCUGCGUGCUGCCGGGGGCCCGUCGCCGAGAGGCAGAAAUUUUGCUUCAAAGUGUUCGAUGUGGACCGUGACGGCGUUCUGUCCCGAGAUGAACUCCACGAGAUGGUCGUGGCCUUGCUGGAGGUGUGGAAGGACAAUCGCACGGACACACUCCCCGAGCUGCUCAGUAGCGUGUCGGACAUAGUGGAGGACAUCCUGAAGAUGCACGACACGACCAAGCUGGGUCACCUGACCCUGGAGGACUACCAGAUAUGGAGUGUGAAGAGCGCUCUGGCCAACGAGUUUCUCAACCUGCUUUUCCAGGUGUGUCACAUCGUCCUGGGCCUCAGACCUGCCACACCUGAGGAGGAGGGACAGAUCAUCAGGGGGUGGUUAGAGAGGGAGAGCAGACAUGGGCUGCAGCAGGGUCAGAACUGGUUCCUCAUCUCGAUGCUGUGGUGGCAGCAGUGGAAGGACUACGUCAAAUACGAGCAUAAGGGCAUCGUGGUGGAGCAGCCGUCCAUCAUGACCUCGCUGCGGAGUCCCAUGGCCACGGCCACGAUCGAGCCGGCCCUGCCCGACAGACUGGGAGGACUGGGAGGACUGGGAGGACUGGGAACCUUCAGCCCCGUCAGCCCCACGGAGGAGAGGUCACCUGACGCUGUGUCCAGUGCGUCAGAGGCCACAGAGACGGCCCUGAGCCCCCAGGUCGCCCCCUCUGCCACAGAGAGCUGCUUCGCCCGUCAACACAACAUGUCCGACAACAACAACCAGUGUUUCUCUGGAGCCAACGGACACCUCCCCUCCCAGCUGGCAGCGCAGAGACCUGGAGCCAUCGACAACCAGCCGCUGGUCAACACCGACGCCAUGAAGGCCCCCACGCUGACCAUGGAGGGCGGCAGGUUGAGGCGCUCCCUGCAGCUGGUGCCGGGCCGAGACUUUGAGACGGUGCCAGAGCCGGUGUGGCGGGCGCUCUACCACUGGUACGGUGCCAACCUGAGCCUGCCGCGGCCGGUGAUCCUGGAGAGCAAGACGGGCCAAGCCGAGCUGGAGCUCUUCCCACGAUACGUCCUCUUCCUCCGCCAGCAGCCGGCCACUCGCUCCCCACAGUCCAACAUCUGGGUCAAUAUGGGUAUGACCAGCCUGCGAAUGUUCCCACCGUAUUUACCCCCAGCGAGAGGUAACGUGCCGUCCCCCAACGCUCCUCUGAAGAGGGUGCUGGCGUACACGGGCUGCUUCAGCCGCAUGGCCACCAUCAAGGACAUCCACCUGUACCUGUCCCAGAGGCUCCGCAUCAAGGAGGAGGACAUGAGGCUGUGGCUCUACAACAGUGAGAACUACCUCACCCUCCUGGACGAUGAAGACCACACUCUGGAGAGUCUGAAGAUCCAGGACGAGCAGCAGCUGGUCAUUGAAGUCCGGAACAAAGACAUGAGCUGGCCCGAGGAGAUGUCCUUCAUCGCCAACAGCAGCAAGAUGGACAGACACAAAGUUCCUACGGAGAAAGGAGCCACUGGUCUCAGUAACCUUGGCAACACCUGCUUCAUGAACUCCAGUAUCCAGUGUGUGAGCAACACCAAGCCGCUCACAGACUACUUCAUCUCAGGGAGACACCUGUACGAGCUCAACAGAACCAACCCCAUCGGGAUGCGAGGUCACAUGGCCAAGUGCUACGGCGACCUGGUGAUGGAGCUGUGGAGCGGCACGCAGAAGAACGUGGCGCCGCUCAAACUCAGAUGGACGAUAGCGAAGUACGCCCCGCGCUUCAACGGCUUCCAGCAGCAGGACUCCCAGGAGCUGCUCGCCUUCCUGCUGGACGGUCUGCACGAGGAUCUGAACCGAGUCCACGAGAAACCCUACGUGGAGCUGAAGGACAGCGACGGCCGGCCGGACUGGGAGGUGGCCUCCGAGGCGUGGGAGAACCACCUGCGCAGGAACCGCUCCAUCGUGGUGGAGCUGUUCCACGGUCAGCUGAAGUCUCAGGUGAAGUGUAAGACCUGCGGCCACAUCAGCGCUCGCUUCGACCCCUUCAACUUCCUGUCUCUGCCGCUGCCCAUGGACAGCUCCAUGCACCUGGAGAUCACAGUCAUUAAACUGGACGGGUCCACGCCCGUGCGCUACGGCCUGAGGCUCAACAUGGACGAGAAGUACACGGGACUGAAGAGGCAGCUGAGUGAACUGUGCAGUCUGAAACCGGAGCAGAUCCUCCUGGCCGAGGUCCACACCUCCAACAUCAAGAACUUCCCUCAGGACAACCAGAAGGUGCGUCUGUCCGUUAACGGCUUCCUGUGUGCGUUCGAGGUCCCGGUGCCGGGGUCGCCCACCUCUCUGAGCUCCCCCACACUGACAGACGUCACCCCGAUAGCUAACGGACAUCUGAGCAACAAGCCCGUCCUGAUCCCUAACGGAGGCCCCAGCAGCCUGGUGCCCUCCACCCCAGAGACGCCCGUCGCCAACGGGGUCACCAACGGACACCUGACCCCGGUGCAGGAGAGCCCCUUCAUCGGCUACAUCAUCGCCAUGCACAGGAAGAUGAUGCGUACGGAGCUCUACUUCCUGUCGUCUCAGAAGAACCGGCCCAGUCUGUUCGGGAUGCCCCUCAUCGUUCCCUGCACGGUCCACACCAGUAAGAAAGACCUGUACGACGCCGUCUGGAUCCAGGUGUCCCGCCUCGCCAGCCCGCUGCCCCCGCAGGAAGCGAGUAACCACGCCCAGGACUGUGAUGACAGUAUGGGAUACCAGUACCCCUUCACUCUGCGGGUGGUGGGGAAGGACGGGAACUCCUGUGCCUGGUGUCCCUGGUACAGGUUCUGUCGAGGCUGUAUGAUAGACUGCUCUGAGGACAGAGCCUCUGUCGGGAACGCUUACAUCGCUGUGGACUGGGACCCCACUGCCCUGCACCUCCGCUACCAGACCUCCCAGGAGAGGAUCGUGGAGGAGCACUGCAGCGUGGAGCAGUCCCGCCGGGCGCAGGCCGAGCCCAUCAGCCUGGACAGCUGUCUGAAGGCCUUCACCAGCGAGGAGGAGCUGGGAGAGGACGAGCUCUACUACUGCUCCAAGUGCAAGACCCACCGGCUCGCCACCAAGAAGCUGGACCUGUGGAGGCUGCCCCCCAUCCUGAUCGUCCACCUGAAGCGCUUCCAGUUCGUCAACGGUCGCUGGAUCAAAUCCCAGAAGAUCGUCAAGUUCCCGCGGGAGAGUUUCGACCCCAGCGCCUUCCUGGCGCCCAGAGACCUGGAGCAGCACUGCCUCCACUCCCGCAGCGAGAGCGAGGACCUGCUGAGGGUCGGAGAGGACAACCUGUCCUCCGUCUCUGCCCCCGCCGGCUUCUGCAACCUCAACAAAGCCUCGCCGGCCACCAGCAGGAAGUCGGCGCCGUCUCUCAGCCGGACCAGCAGCCCCUCCGGCAGCCCAAAGAGCGGCGGCCGCAAGCCGGGCCGGCUACGCCUGCCUCAGCUGGGCAGCAGACACCGCCUCUCCAACAGCAAGGAGAACCUGGACGUAGCGGCGAACCCUGAGGCCGAGCCGCGGGAGAACGCAUCGCAGACGGACACAGAGGGAAGUGCGGCAGCAGCAGGGGGGGCGGGUCUUCCUGGAUCGGGAGAGGCGAUGACGUCAGAGUCUUGGUGCAGCACGGAGGCGUCCAGCAGCCACUGUGACGUGGUGCUGGUGAACGGAGACAGUAACGGGCUGAGCUCCGACUGCAGCUUGGAGAGCGGCAUGGACCCCGACGGCUCGCUGCUGCAGCACAGAGACAACAUGUGUCUGGACGCCAUCUACAACCUCUAUGCAAUAUCAUGCCAUUCAGGAAUCAUGGGAGGCGGCCACUACGUGACGUACGCCAAAAACCCCAACGACAAGUGGUACUGCUACAACGACAGCAGCUGCAAGGAAGUGCACUCUGAGGAGGUCGACAGUGACUCCGCCUACAUCCUCUUCUACGAGCAGCAGGGCGUCGACUACUCCCAGUUCCUGCCAAAGAUCGACGGCAAAAAGAUGGCCGACACCAGUAGCAUGGACGAAGACUUUGAGUCCGACUACAAGAAAUACUGUGUCCUCCAGUGACCCUGCGUCGUCGUCUUCCAUCAGCCCCCUCCCCCCCCUCCCCCUCCCCCUCCUGCUGCUGCUGCUGCUCCGAGCGGGAGGCGGAGCCAGACGUUCAGACCGCUCUGAAGAGAACUGCUAACGGCCAGAGUCAGACUGCGCCCUCUGCGUCGCAGCACUUUCUACACGGACCAGUGCAAAGGUUGCCAAGACAACGACGAAGCCCCGGUGAAAGCACUACAUUGGUGCACUUUGCUGAGCCCGACAAAACAAACCCCUCCCCCUCGCCAUAACAUACAUGUAACAUACAACAUACGUGCUGCAGUGAUGUCGCCUCGUUAUUGUGCGUUGAUCACUUGUGAUGUCAGAAUGAAACAAACAUUUACUCCUGGAGCUCACCUGUGUUACCUCACCUGAGGUCACAUGAUCAGCUCCAGGCGUAACGAUUGGACACAGAUUCAGAUCUGAUGCCAACGGAUGCCCAACAGUUAGACGGCACCUGUGUGAUGACGUCACGUUGGACGCCGCAGGUCGCCGUGACGUUUUAAAAAAUGGUUCUCCAAAGGUUUUUAUUAGCGGUAGUUUCACUAAGGAUGAAAAUAUCAGUCACACGCUACCUCAUCGCUUCGCAGUCUGUCGGCCAACAACCCUGAAACCCUGUGACAGUAUUAAUAAUAUUAACAAUAAUAAUAAUUAAAUGCUUCCUUCCUGUGUAGGAGACAUGGUACACACAUUUCAGGACCCCCCCCCAACCUUGAAAAAAUAAACAACCUCCUCCCCUCCUCGUAGGAGACUCACACAGGUCCUGAUGUCGACAGGAAACGAGGCACUUUCUGCCAAAACUCUGCCAAAUAUCAGAAACCAGAGGUGUGUGUGUGUGUGGACCUGUGUGUGUCCUGGUUAGCCUGGUUAGCUUAGCACAGUGCCAUGAUUAACACAGUAAACUUCUCAUGUUGUUUUUCUUUUUGAUUCUUGUUUUUAUAAAAAAAAAGAGAUUUAUUUUUAUUGUUUUAAGGCGGCUUCAGGAGCCGCGUCAGGUCGGGGGGAUCAGAUGUAAUGCUGAUGUUCUCACCCUCGGCCAAUCAGAGAGCAGGAACGGUCAGGACGCUGGAGAUCCCUUCACUGACAUCACAAAAUCUGCACCACUUCACAAUAAGUUCACCUUUGUAAAGGAUUUAUAAUCAGGUUAUUAACACUUUAUAAAUCAUAAACAAGUUCUAACAGUUUUCACACAUUGAUCCAGGCUCACUAUUUGGCAAAAUCAAGUUAAUAUUUAAUUAAUUAAUAUAUAGCUCAAAUAUAACUGGAGCCUUAUAGUAACUCAUUCAUAAAUGAUGAUUUCACACUUUAUUAUAAGGCUCCUGUUUCCAGUUAUAAAUAUUAGUAACUUGAUGAGUUAUAAAGUGUUAAUAACAUCUUAAUGAGCCAUUUAUAAAUCCUUUAUAAGGAGAAUCACAUGAUAACAUUUAAAGAGUAACGUAACUCCCCUGAACUCACCACGACAGCGGGAAUCAGAUCAGCUCUGUCCCGGUUCAGGGGUCGUGUCCUACGAAGGCGUGGCCAGUCGUAGACCGCGAGCGCCAAACCAAAAUGAGACUCAACUGCCAGCAGUUUGAUUGGAUGUUCAGGUGUGUUAGCGGCUGUAGAAGAUCACUUCCUCCUAACUCCACCUCCCCCGGAUUUCAAACGUGUUUCUUCUUUUUCUUUCUUUCUUUGUUUGUUCAUUAACUCAGACUCAGCUGAGGUCAUGGAGUUCCUCUUGAACAGAAGGUGUUAAGUUACUCUUUAAAGGCCACAACAUGUCGGCGGCAGCACGAGCUCUGUGGUCUGUGUCUCUGAAACCACAUUUUAAAGAACGGUUAGAGUGAUAACAUGAACUGAACGGGCGGCGGCUGCUGCAUCACUGUUUCCCCUGCGCCAUAAUAAGGGGUUAACCCCGCCCUGAUUGGUCCCAUUGGUUGUUUCCUGAAAGCAGGUGAUGGAGGUGUGAUUUUUAGUUACCGGGGAAACGGAGACGGUGUUCAAAUUAAACUCAAUGAACUCCUGGUGGAAAUGUUGGCAACAGGGAACCAAAACAUUUCAAGUUGUCUUCAGAACAUUUUCAAUAUUAAAUGAUCAAUGAAUAAAUAUUUAUUUAAUAGAUAAUUUAACUGUUAAACUCCAUUUUAAACAUGAAAGCAUGACUCAGUAAUCUCAGACCCACAUUGUGUCACCACAUGGUUUAAGGUCACUGUUUGGCGUCUGGGGUCGGUCGCAUAAAACACCUUAAGUUUUCUACUUAAGGGUUAAUUUCUCCUUAGCUGAGCUACUUAAGGGAGACGGACGGAAUCUCUUAAAAAGGUUUCCUUAGUUAGGAUAAAAAAGUAUUUUACAGCAGUGAAAGACAUUUUACAGUAGUAAAAUUCUACUGUUUCCAUGGAGACCGUUGUUGCUAUCUGUUGUCAAACGAAGCCGGCAGCAUUAAAGGAGCACGGUGUCUCGUCCUCCUGUUGUUUGGGCGGGAACUUCACGGAAACCUUAAGGAGAAAACUUAAUGGUGUUUUUAUUUUAAGGAAACCUUAACUCAGACUUUAAGGAAAGUCUUAACUUAAGGGUUUUUGGUGCAAAUGGCUCCCGGACUGUUUAUUAGAUGUGUGACAUCACUGGACCCGACAUGUAGAAAAUCUUUCUUUUUGUCUUUGAUCUGAAUCUGAACUCGGUUCCUGUUUUUACCUGAAGGUUUGACGUGUUGAGGUGUGAAAUGAACAAACAGCAGCAGAGACGUGUGUGUGUGUGUGUGUGUGUGUGUGUGUGUGUGUGUGUGUGUGUGUGUGUGUGUGUGUGUGUGUGUGUGUGUGUGUGUGAGAGAGAGAGAGAGUGUGAGUGAGCUGCUCCUGCGCAGGGUUCAGUCUAAUCACUGUGAACAGACGCUCGGUGGCUCUGAUGGUUUCCCGCUCUGUCUUCUUGUGUUCGCCUCCUUUUUUAGCUGCUGUAUUUAUGAGAAGAUGGCGUUGAUGGCGUUAAUGGCGUUGAUGGCGUUAAUGGCGUCAUGGCGGAUGUCUGUCACUGAAUGAAACUUUAUUUUCCUUUUUGCAAAGAGAACGUUUGUUGAACAAAUGGAAAUGUACAUACGAGUGAUAUUUAUGUUCGCUUGCCCGGCUCUUUGUUUCUCCUCCUCCAUCCUGACGCCGUCGCGCCGAGCUGCAGACGCCGUCGCGCCGAGCUGCAGACGACGUCCAGUGUGUGUUUGUCAUCUCGUGGCUCAAAGGGAAAGUUUUAGAGGAUUUGUCUCUUGAGGACUUUGUGGGUUUAAAGGUGCAAUAGCCGUCAACUUAUUUUCUUCUUCUGUGGCUGUGAAUGUGCCCUCGAACGUGUGCUACGUGUGAUGCUAAGCUAACCACACCUGUAGCUCGAACUGUGUAAAAGUCGGGGUUAAUUUCAGCACAAGUUUCAUGAAUCCCGGAACAAAGAUUUUCUAAACUGAGCUGUGACGCUGAAGACGGGCGAACACAGAUCCUAUAAAACUAAUAUCUGAAACACCCCCCCACCCCCCCCCCCCACCUGUGUCCGGAAGCCCCGCCCCUCGCUCCCCCCCACCCCACCACAAGAAUAGUUCAGUGUUGCAGGCGAUGCAAUCUACUACUGAGCUGUCCGUCAGUGUCUGUAGCCUCUUUUUAUUUAAGUUCGUUCCUGUCGGAUCUGAACCGGACGUGUUAAUUUAAAGAACUUUUUUUUGUAAAGUGUUUGCUGAAAGAAAGUGACAUUGCACUGACAUGAAAACAUGUACAUAAAAAAAAAAAAAAUGUGUUUUGUAAAUAAGCCAAUGAAAACUAUGUAUUUGAAUAUGAACUGUACAAAAUACUGUACUUGUAGUUGUAUAUGGAGUGAUACCGUUGAUCUGUAACAAAAUACCCAAGCAACAAUUAAAUUCUGCAGAGGAAACGAUG